UCAGAUUUGUUUACCUAAGAAGGAAGACAGAGGCCAGUAUGCACAGCCUUCCUCUGCUGUUGCUGCUGCUCUGGAGCACAGGGUCUCACAGCUUCCCAGUAGCAACUUCGGAAGAAACACAAGAGCAAGAAUUGGAGACGGUCCAGAAAUACCUGGAAAACUACUACAACCUGAAGAGUGAUUGGAAUCCAAUUGAAAGGCAGAGAAAGAGUGGCCUAGUGGUUGAAAAACUGAAGCAGAUGCAGGAAUUCUUUGGGCUGAAAGUGACUGGGAAGCCAGAUGCCAAAACCCUGAAUGUGAUGAAGCAGGCCAGAUGCGGGGUGCCUGAUGUGGCUCAGUUUGUCCUCACUGAGGGGAACCCUCGGUGGGAGCGUACACACCUAACCUACAGGAUUGAAAAUUACACACCAGAUUUGCCAAGAGCAGAUGUGAACUAUGCCAUUGAGAAAGCCUUUCAACUCUGGAGUAAUGUCUCACCCCUGACCUUCACCCAGGUCUUUGAGGGUCAAGCAGACAUAAUGAUAUCCUUUGUCAGGGGAGAUCAUCGUGACAAUUCUCCCUUUGAUGGACCUGGAGGAAACCUUGCUCAUGCUUUUCAACCAGGCCCAGGUAUCGGAGGGGAUGUCCAUUUUGAUGAAGAUGAAUGGUGGACUAACAAUUUCAGAAAUUACAAUUUGUAUCGUGUUGCUGCUCAUGAAUUGGGCCAUUCCCUCGGACUCUCUCAUUCUGCUGAUAUUGGAGCUUUGAUGUACCCCAACUACAUAUUCACUGGUGACGUUCAGCUCUCGCAGGAUGACAUCGAUGGUAUCCACACCAUAUAUGGACCUUCCAAAAAUCCCAUCCAGCCAAUAGGCCCAAAAACCCCACAAGUGUGCGACAGUAAGCUAACCUUUGAUGCUAUAACUACAAUUCGGGGAGAAGUGAUGUUCUUCAAAGACAAGUUCUACAUGCGCAUAAAUUCUUUCUACCCAGAAGCUGAGCUCAAUUUCAUUACUGUUUUUUGGCCAAAUCUGCCGGGUGGACUUCAAGCUGCUUAUGAGGUUGCUGAUAGAGAUGAGGUCCGGUUUUUCAAAGGUCAUAAGUACUGGGCUGUUCAGGGACAGGAAGUGCUACCUGGAUACCCCAAGGACAUUUACAGAUCCUUUGGCUUCCCUGCAACUGUGAAGAAUAUUGAUGCUGCUGUUUUUGAAGAACAUACUGGGAAAACGUACUUCUUUGUUGCUAACAAGUACUGGAGAUAUGAUGAAUAUAAACGAUCCAUGGAUGCAGGUUAUCCCAAAAUGAUAGCAGCUGACUUUCCUGGAAUUGGCAACAAAGUCGAUGCUGUUUUCCAGAAAGAUGGAUUUUUCUAUUUCUUCCAUGGAACAAGACAAUACAAAUUUGAUCCUAAAACGAAGAGAAUUCUGACUCUCCAGAAAGCUAAUAGCUGGUUCAACUGCAGACAAAAGUGA